UAUGCUAGUUAUUCAUUUAUUGUUAUGUACUGUAUUUAAUUCCAUGGAUAGUUGCCAUGGAAACUGUUUACUAAUACCCAAACAAUUCAAAUAAAAUACAAUUAAACAAAAUCGAAUUCUUCUAGUUGUUGGUAGCAAUGUUUAUAUUUUUAAUUUUAUAAUAAAGAUAUUUAAAACAAUUUUCACACAAUUAUAGACAUUCGAUUUGUAUGUACUUACUUAUAUAAAGAUGAUUGAUCUUACUGGAACUUCAAAUUUAGAAAUAAUUACAAAAACAUUAGAAGAUAUGGAUAGCUUAAACAUAGAAUUAUUUAAUGAAUCAUUUAAAAAAUCAGAAUCUACUGCAAGUACUGUUAAAGAUUGUCAUAUGCAGAUGAAUGGGGAAACGAAAAAGAAAGUUAUAUUUAAAGAUUCUAUCAAAGAUAACUUCUUAUUUGAUUUGCCAUCUGAUGAAGAAACUUCUACUAAAGAGGAGAGAUUAUUUUCAUCUGAUAGUAAAAGUAACAUGGCAGAAGAUUUGUUUAAAAUCAAAACACCAAUUAUACCUACAACAAGUAUUAAAUUAAACAAUGAAUUGGAAUCAAAAUUUAAUUUUGAGCAAGAAGAUAAUCAGUUAUUUUCACAGAGACAAAACAGUUACUCUGUUUCUAAGGAUAUUUUUAGUACAUUGCAAAAUGAAUUAACUACAGAAAAAAAAACUGAACAGUUAAAAAAAAUAGCUAAAAGAGAUGAAGAUAUUUUAACAAAUUUAAUUGAUAAGUCAGAUACAAUAGACAAUAAAUCAAGAAGGCUAUCAUUAAAAGAUAACAUAUCUGGAAAUAAACUUCAUUCAUCAAUAGUUCUGGAUUCUGUUAAUCCUAAGUAUAUUAAAAAAAUGGAAUCGGACACUAUGGUACAAUCUAUGAGUACUUUACCAGACACAAGAUCUCAAUCCAUUAGCAAAUCAACUAAAAUUUCUACUAAAGAAUCUCAAAGUGGUAAAAGGAAUAUAGAACUUAUAAAUGAUCCUCUAGGUUUAUUAUCCACUAGUUUGUUACCAGAACAAAGUCUUCAACUGAUGAUAAAUGAAAAUGUGCAAAGCAAAGAUUUAAAAUUACAAAGUACUAAAACAGAAGAAAAUUUGCCAGAAUGGUUGGGUGGUUCAACAAAAUUAGAAGAUAGAAAAUCAGAAAAAAAGCUGAAAGAAACAGAUGAAAUAUCUACAUCUAAGCAAAACAUUGAAACUUCUAUAAACAGUGCAACAGAUUUAAAGAUAUCUGAUGCAAGUGAUUCAAAAGCUGCAUCUGUUCAUUCAAAACAUCUUUCAAUGUUGUUUGGUACACAAUUUAAUCAACAAACUGCACUUAUUAAUAUGCAGCAACCAGAACAUGACCUAAAAACUGCAACAGUGAUUUCGCAACAGAACAAAGAAUUAAAUAACGUAUCAAAUGCUCAGUAUACUAUACUCCAUAAUCAAGAAGAACAAUUUAAUACUUUAUUAAAAUUGCAAUUUGAAAGGCAAGCUUCAUUAGAAAAACAAAUAAAAAUGCAACAAGAACGUAUUGAUCAAUAUAUUCAAGUAUUGAUGACACAGCUUAUUUCUACAUCAAGUACAACAUCAGUUUAUGCAAGUUGUACAUCAGAGUCAAAUCGUAGAGAAAAAGAAUUUACAAAUGAAAUAAAAGAAAUGGAAAAGAUAAUAAAAAAGUUACAAGUGGAAAAAUCAAAAUUAGAAGUUUUGUUGUCCACUGUAAAUGAAAGACACAAGGAUGAAAUAACAUUUCAAACAGAAUUCUAUCAGAGACAAAUUUCAUUUGUAAAAGAAGCAAUGAUGAAAUCAGAAGAGAGGACUAGGCAGGAAAUAGAAUGUUUGGAAACAGACUACAUGACAAAAUUAGAAAAAUUGAAGGACGAAAAGGAACAAAUAGAAAAUCAAUACAAAGAAGAAAUUCAUAAUUUAAAGAAUGAUCAUGCUCAACAAAUAAAAGAAUUAUCUAACUUACACUCUGUAAAUAUAAAACUUUUGCAAAAGGAAUAUUUCAAUAUAAUAGAAAGCAUAUCUAAAGCUAAACAAAUAGAAGAUCAAAUGAUAGAAACGAUGACAAAUCGAAAAACUGACAUAGAAGAUAUAUUACAGAAAGCUAAUAGCAUUAUCGGAACUAUAUUAGAAAACAAGGAAAAAUUAGAAAUCAAACACAAUCAAAUAAUUGAGUUUCGAGAGAAUACUUUGAAAAUUCUUGAAGAUCAUAUAAAAGCUCAAAAGCUUGAGUUAAAAAAUCAAAAUGAUAUUUUGCAAGAAUACCUUAAUAAAUUUAUUGAAACAACAGAGCAGUUCAGCACACGCAUUGUACAAUUUAUAACUGAACUUCAAAAACAAAACAUGUUAAGUACUCAACUACAAGAAAUGUUUAACAAAAAAUCAGCUAGUCUUUUACAUGAAAGAGAAUUAUUUGGAGAAAGAGUAAAGUGGGAAGAAAAUUAUUUACAGACAUUAAAAGAAACUUGGGUGAAGGAACAAGAGAAACAACUGCAAUUACUCGCACAAGAAAAAGAAAUAGUUGCAACAAAAAAAGCACAAUUAGAAGUAUUAAGUAAGCUCAAAAGUAGCAAUCAUAAAUUUGCCAAAAUAGAGUUAGAAGCUGCUAUUAAAACUGCACAAGAAGCAACUAUUUAUGCUAACAAAGAAAAAUUAAAAUGGCAAAAAAAAAUUAAUGAAUUUAAUAUCGGUAAACAAUUUUUACAAGAUAAAGAAAAUCAACUUAUUUUACGUGCUAAAGAACUACAAAAUCUAACACAGUUAGUUUUAACUAAAAAAAAUGAAGGAUUAAAAGCUUUGGAAGAAGCGAGAUAUUUAGAAAACCAAAAUAAGGAAAAAUUUAACCAGUUACAAAUUCAAUUUGAAGAAUUAAUGGAAAGAGAAAAAGAAACUGCUACCGAGAAAUACAACGUAGCGAAAGAUAGACUGGUAUCAUUGGCCUUCGAGCAGGGGAAAUCGGAAAGAGAUACAGAUGCCCUGUAUUAUUUUCAAAAUGAGGUAUUAUCGUUCUCAGAUGUGCAGUCACAGUUUCAAAUUACUUCAGAAAUAAUGAAUAUAGAUCCAAACUUAACUAUGUUAACAUUAAAUAUCAAUGAUGAGAUUGACUCCAUUAAUAAUUACACACAAAUGUUUGAUGAUUAAUAAUUUUCUAUGUUAAUAGCAAGUAAAUACAAAUAGAAAAGGUUCUGAUU